AUCUUAUGACAUUCUUAUAAUAUAUCCAGUCAUGGCAAUCGAUGAAAGUGAGAUAAUGAAGCUCGACCUGUUGCCAGAAGAUUGUAUCGUUCAAGUCCUCUCAUUCACUUCUCCUCAUGAUGCUUGUCACGCGUCGUUGGUCUCGACUAUGGUUCGUGAUGCAGCCAUAUCAGACUUGUUAUGGGAGAAAUUCUUGCCAUCUGAUUAUCGACAAAUCAUCUCAAGAUUAGUAUUACCAAUUAAUUUUGCAUCAAAGAAAGAGUUGUUUCUCAAGCUCUUUAACCCUCUUCUCAUCGAUGGUGGUCGCAAGACCUUUUCAAUUGAUAGAAUAUCAUGUAAAAAAUGUUAUAUAUUGAGUGCAAGGGAGCUAUCAAUUGCUUGGUCCACCAAUCCCCUCUACUGGUGCUGGAAACCCCUCCUUCGUUCAAGAUUUCCAGAAGGUGUUGAGCUUAUAAUGGUAUGUUGGCUAGAAAUUAAAGGAACGAUAAACACUCGAAUGUUGUCUCCACGUACAACAUAUGGAGCUUACCUCAUUGUCAACCUGGCUGGUCGUGCUUUCGGCUUAGAGUCCUUGCCAUCUGAGGUAUCUGUAAAAGUAGGAGGAGACCAAGAAUCCAAAGGAAUUGUAUAUCUACGUCGUAACUAUGCUAACAGUAGAAAGCAAGAACUGGAAAGGGUUAUAAUGAGACACAGGGUUGAGACAUUGAGAUCAAGAGUUGAUAAUAGAGGAGGGAAAGAGCGUGCUUUAACUGAUAGAGAAGAUGGAUGGUUGGAGAUUGAAUUAGGUGAAUUUUACAGUGAUGGAGUCAAUGAUAAAGAAGUGACAAUGUGCCUUAGAGAAGUCAAAGGUGAGCAUCUCAAAGGAGGACUUAUUGUUGAAGGCAUUGAGCUUAGACCAAAGUAAUUUAUUACUAGUAAAGGAUUUUU